GGACGCAAACUGUGCACCUGAAGCGAAGACAUCUGUGGUGUGAAGCUGUUGAAAACAACUAUUAUAUGAAAGCAGACACAGAGGAUGGCUGAAGGUGUGAGGCGAAGGAGAAAGCUGAAGCCCGUGGAGGAGGCCAUACAGUUUUCACUUGAACAGAAAGACAAGAAUGGACUCGAGGGCAGGUUCAUCAGUCAUCUUAAAGGGAGGGGUGUGUUCAGCUGUACUGACUUUGAGAAAGGAGAUUUCCUGCUGGAAUACAGAGGAGACCUCAUCAGCAAAGAAGAAUGUGAGCGGAGGCAAAGAAUAUAUCACCAUGCACUUAAAAAGUUUUCAUGUUUGAGUUUCGCUACAAUGGAAAACUCCUCUGUGUCGAUGCAGCCCGAGAUGACGGUUCUCUUGGGCGGCUUGUAAACGAUGACCAUAUUAACCCAAACAGCAGGAUGAAGACGAUUCGUGUGGAUGGAAAACCUCACUUAUGUUUAUUUGCCACAAGGAGCAUCUGUCCUGGUGAAGAGAUCACAUAUGAUUAUGGUGAUUCUGAGUGGCCAUGGAGAUGCACGACUCUUAGUGUGGUUGAACCGUCCACUCUUGAAGUCAACACUCUGUCCCAGUCAGAAGACACAGACGUAGAGAAGACUCUUAGUGUGGUUGAACCGUCCACUCUUGAAGUCAACACACUGUCCCAGUCAGAAGACACAGACGUAGAGAAGCUGAAAGUUGUCAGUGAUCAGUCAGUGUUGGACUCCGGUAUCUGUGCAGCCUCUGAAGGACUGGAAAAGGUGACUCUGAAGAAGGACCAGUUACUAUUGGAUGAUCAGGACUGUUUUGAGAAGAUGUCACCUGUCAAAGAGCAUGUGUUAAAUGAGGAGCAGAGCUUUUGUGCCCCAGUUGAAGGAGUUAAGGAGGUCUGCAGACAUGUUGUGGUCACUUCAGCAAUAUCAAGCAUGGAUAAAUGUGCUGAAUGUGUGGGACCUGUAGCAGCACUCAAGUGGAUUGGCCUGAGAUGUAAAUUGUGCUCCAGUUUUUGGCACAAGUCCUGCUAUCUGAAGCUUCAUGAAUGGAAUGGAAGACGGUCAUCGUGUGAAGUAAGUUCAGAGGAAGAUGAGCUGUCAGAUGAGGAUUACAUACCUCAGUCAGAGUCAGACCAUCAGUCAGACAGUUCAGAUGAGUUGACCACAAGACCAGCACGUUACGAUCAAGCUAAACUCUUAGAUAUACAGGAAGCUGCGUCAUCUAAGUUUAGUGAACAUCUGAGAUCAGAUGUAACUGCCCUGAAUGUGUCUAAGGGCAAAGGAAAAGGAGUCCUGAAGGUCAUGGAAGCAGCAAGUGUGUAUGAGGAGUCUGAUUUAAUGUGUCAUGAGGAGCAGUUUACUGAUUUUGAGACAGACAGUGAAUCAGACUUUCCCAGGAAGCAAGGCUCAGUUGUAUGCAGGUCAACAGAUGUGCUUAUGUCAUCACCUCAAUCACACAAUAGUAAGCUUUUGAAUUCAAAAAGCACCGUAACAUUGAGAGAAGAGAGGGAACGCAGCGUGGCUGGAGGUGAUCAUUGUGUGCAGUCACCAAAAAUCUCCUGUUCAGCAAAUAGGAAGAAUUAUUGUUACAUCUGUGGGAAACCUCAGUCCAAGUUAGCGCGCCAUUUGAAAACUCAUAUGGCUGAAGUUGAAGUUGUUCAGGCUCUGUCACUCCCAGUUCACUCAAAAGAACGUAAAGCAAUGCUGCAAAAGCUCAGGAACAAGGGCAACUUUCAGCAUAACACUGAUGUUUUACAGUGUGGAGAGGGGGCUCUUAAAAUAAAACGAGCACCAAAAAGAAAGUGUGAUUCAAAGCAGUUUGUGCAUUGCAUGUACUGCAAAGGGUUGUUUGUACGGAGAGAUCUGUGGCGUCAUUUAAAAAGAUGUCCCUCAAAACCAGCAGCUGACAGUGAAGAGCAAGGGAGGAGGAGAGUCUUGGGCCUGGCAUCUAUGGCAGAGUCUUCAUUCAGUCAGCACAUAUCACAAGGAGUUUGGAAACUCUUAGGUGUGAUGAAGCAGGAUGACAUUUCUGUUAUUUCUGAGUAUUCUUCAGCUUGCACAGUCGUUUUUUAACAAACAUGGUCACGACCCUACCA